UUUACCCCUACCCUUCUCAGACAUCUAGUUACCUCAGUUUGUGAAACAUCCUAAACCUGUGUGUGCAGGUAGCCACAUCCAUAUAUCACUUUUUGUGGGGUGUUUUCAGUAUUGUUUGUUGCAACAUCUGAGAUUAGAUUGGAGGGUAUGCCAGGUCCUGGUCCUCACCUGAUGUAUGCCAUGGGCUCAGGCUUGGCUAUGACCAGCAUAACCAAUGGCAGGUUUAGCCCCCAUCACACACUCACCUACACAGUCAACGCCUUCUUUGGACCAGAUAUUGGUUCCUUCUCUGAGUGGCUUGGUUCAGUCCUGGGUGGACCAGCUGAUACUCUGGGAUCUACCUUGGCCGAUCUCAUCCACCAUCCCUUGUACUACAUCCUUAUCUUGGGACUUCCUCUUUGUUUUCUCUACUCUAGGAUAUCCUCUUAUCUUGUUCAAAGACAGCUUCUUGAUUCUGUCUCCAGGGUGCCGCUUACAAGGACGCAAUGCUUCUUCUUGAUAUCAGCUGGCUCUUUUACUCACUUUUUUCUAGAUGAUCUGUUUGAGGAGAAUGGGAAAACAACCACUUACACUUGGAUUUUGAGCACUGGCUGGUGGAAAAGCAGAGCACCGGUUAACCCAGAUGCUGUUAUUGUAGUGGGCUUCUUAUGUGCUUGCUUAAUUGGAGGCUUUUUUUACCUCAACAGAGCAAGUGCCUCAAACUCCAUAAAGAAAAAGUCACAUCAGUCAAUGCUACUUAUCUUGUCCAUAGCUUCCUUAUACUGCUUAUGGUGUGCAAUACAGAUAUACUGGAUCAAUCCACGUCGUGCAGCAGUUGGUGAAGAGGCUGAUCUUGGUGUUCUUGUUUUUUUAGCUAUUUAUUUCUUUCUACCUUAUGGUUUGUGUAUAAUGUCCAUGUACCCAAAAGAUUUUGAUACAAAUCAAAUUCCUCUUUAACAGUGUUUACUCUUUCAGAGAUAUGUUCAGCUUUUGUCAAUGCAAUCUAGUUGCAAGGGUAGCUAGAAUAUUGCCGCCAGUAACUUAUACAAUCACUCACCAGGUAUAUGUGAUGUUAAGCAUCCAUUGCUCCUAUAAAUGUACCAUGUUAUCUGUA